ACAACAGGAGCCGCCCUGGAGGGAGGGGACAGCGGAGGCUGGGGGCGUGGCUAGCGGGCAGUGUCGCCGAGGUCCAGCUUGGCCAGUCUGGCCACCACAGCAGCUCCGGUCCCCACGGCAACCCUGUUCUGCCAUGCUGCUCCCAGCCAUCCCCCUCCUGGUGCUGGGGGCUCCCCUGGUGCUGGCUGGCACGGGCUGCCUGGGGCAUCUGGACGAGAAUGACGCCUGGCACCCGGGAUUCGGCUGCCAGCCCUUCACCUUCUGCUGUGGGACCUGUCACCGCCGGUUCUGCUGCAGGGACCCGAGCUUGGCCAUUUCAGAGUCUCGGCAGAAGCAGUGCCUGCGCUUCAGUCACAAGGUGGUAGCAGGCGUCGCCUCAGCCCUGGUCCUGUUUGUGGCCGUGGUGGCCACCGCCCUCUGCUGCUUCCUCUGCACCUGCCGCUACCUGUCCCGCCGCCGCCAGUGGCUGCAGAGCCCCCUUGCAGGCCAGGAGAUUCCACUGAGAGGCUACCUGCUGCAGCCUGUGUGCCUGCACCCCUCGGGCCCCCUGCCUGGCUCUGUGGGUCCUCCCGGGCACCCUCUCUACCCCGCAGCUCUUCCCUCUCAAGUGCCGCCUCAGUCCGCCUUCCCCGGAGCCUGAGGGGCCGGGCUCUGCUGUCCCUCCACAGAUGCCCCUCCUGUCUCUGCGUCUGGCCCUGUGGGGGGCAGGGGUCCUCCACUGGUCAGUCCCCGACCAAGCCACGCCCAGGGCCUGCAGAGGACAGAGCCCCAGGGAAGUGGGGGCUGGGCCUGGGCGCUGCACCGUGUUUACUGGGAGCCGGGGAAGGACGUGCCAGCGUGGCUCACGGCCCCUGGGUUCUUGCAGCCCCUCUGCCCACGGGCCCCUCUGUUUCCCCCUGU